CUUCUAUCCCCGAAACCGGAAGUUGGAACUGACUGAAGAGCAAGAUGUUUUAUAGAAUUUUAAAACUUUUUAUUUGAAUCUUAGAUGAUUCUUAGAUUUCAUUUGAAUCUUAGAUCGGUUCAGCCAUCUACGAGAAGAAUGAGUUACACAAUUUUGAUUUCGUUUUUACAUAUCAUCCUGUAGUUCCGGAAUCAGAGGUCGGAACCAAACAUAAUUCAGGAAAUUUGUUUGCUCCCACAUACGACUUUUCGUAUGAAUCUGAAUUCGUAGAGAAGAAAUUUUCCGAGAAAAUUGAGUGAAAUUAUUUGUCACAAACGCAUUUGCUGAUCUCGACGAACUGAUUCGAAUGGUAUAUGGAUGUUAUGUUCUUCCAGCAUUUAUUGCUGUAAGUAGUUUAAAACAAUAUAAUUAAAAAAAACUCUGCCAUCAUCUGGUUUAUAUAUGUCAUAUUCGAACGAUUGUGUUUCCAAAAACGAGCCGUGCUAAAAUCGGUCCGAGGCUAAAUGUCAUAAAAAAGAAUGCUGUACACAGUCUUUUUGGUACUUAGAAACAAUUGUAUGUAACAGUACAAAAAAUCGUGUUUUCCUUGCUCCCAAGCAUUUCUUUGUCAUACAGCGCUCAAAAUUCCUACUGCAGGAAUAGGGGGAAAAGUCGUUAACACAAAAAUUUCGAUAUCUCCGUUAAAAAUGGACGGAUUUUAACAAUCUAUGGCUUGUUGGAUAGCUAUUACCGUGCGGAAUCUAAGUCUGAAAACAUAUUCUGUUUUCAAGGUCAAUUGUGACAGAUACUGUCAAAAAACUGAAAAUUUUGACAUAAAACUUCGUACAACUCAAAAAGUAAACAUCCGAUCUCAAAACCAUUCAAUAGCGUUUUGGGUGACGGGGAGACCUUUCAUUUGCGACUAGUUUGAUCAAAAUCGGCCCAGCCAUCUCUGAGAUCUCGACCUCUUAGUUGACAACACACACACACACACACGGACAUUUGCUCAGUUCGUCGAGCUGAAUCGAUUGGUAUAUGAUAUUCGGCCCUCCGGGCCUCGGAAAAUUUUUCUAAAGUUUGAGCGAAUUCUAUACCUAUUUUUUAUGUUUAUAAAAAAAGGUAAAAGGCAAAAUUUCAAUUUUUCAUAAAUUUCUUUAUUAUCGCCUUCAAAGUACUUUCCUCCUGUGGCAAUACAUGCAUGCAAACGCUUGAUCCAAUUUUCCAUACAAGUUUUAUAGGCCUUUAGUUCACGCAGCGAAUUCUCUUUUAUGGUCUCUAUGGUCUCAAAACGCGUUCCCCGCAAUGGCAAUUUGAAUCUGGGGAAGAGGAAAAUGUCACACGGGGCCAUACCUGGAGAGUACGGUGCUUGGUUGAUGAUAUUCGUUGAGUUUUUGCCCAAAAACUGCGACACUACCAACGCUGUGUGAGCCGUCGCAUUAUCGCAUUAUUUAUUAUUUUUUGGCACCAGCCGAGAAGCGACGCGUUUCAAACCCAAAAAAUCAGUUAAAAUGUGUUCGGCUGAUCCAUAAGAGAUGCUCAACAACACAGCAAUCUCUCUAAUCGGUACAGAACGAUUUUGCAACACGAUUUGCUUUGCCGAUUCGAUGUUUUCUUCAGUAAGAGAUGUUGUUGGGCGGCCAGGGAUCUUAUCAUGAUCCAAGCUUGUACGACCACCUUUGAAGCGUUUAUACCACUCGUAUGCCUGUGUUUUUCCUGGACACGAUUCACCAAAGGUCUUUUCUAACAUUUUCAACGUUUCGGAACACUUAAAUCCAUUUGCAACACAAAAUUUGAUGCACGCACGUUGUUCUAAAAUUUCAUCCAUUAUAAAAAUCGCCACACGAAAAUUUUUCAACUUUUUUGUAUAGACGCCAAACAGAAACUAAUCGUACGAUAUGCGUCAUAAUUUGACAGAAUGUGUAUAAAAGUGUUGCCAACGUUGAGAGAAUAAAAUUUUACCGAUUGGACAAGCGCGGGAAUUUUAAAAUGAAAAUUCCGGCUCUUUUUUGAUCAUAAGGUAUCUCUUUCAUAAGCACACAAUUGUGUUGCCUCAGCAUCGCUCCACAGACACACCCCAAAUCAGGCGUUGGCAGCAAGUAGAUUCUCGUGCAUUUGCGCUGUUCCUUUUGCGCAGUUUAGACACAUGAAUAGUUCGAUUUCUCUACGCGACAAAUUAAUAUUAAUUACGGUCGGAAAGCUAAUCUCAUAUACACCACAGAGCCUCUUGAAGGUGCAGCAAGUGCUUUUACAUCUUAUCACCUUAGGCUUAACAGUUUUAGAAUUGAUAAAAUAGAAUACAGAAGUAUCAGUGCCUUACCGAUAGUAGUGAAGUAAACACAACAUAAUGGAGAUGGAUUUGGUAACAGUCGCUGCCAUCGGGGCUAUCAUUUUGUUGUUGUAUCAUUAUGUGUCGAAAAAGUAUGAAUAUUUUCUAACCAAGCCGAUACCAUGCGUGAAACCAACUUUUCUGCUAGGCAGCAAUGCUCCGAUUGUGUUCCGUAGAAGAGACGUGGCGUCCCACGUUAAAAUGAUGUACAAUACCUAUCCGGAGUCCAAAGUGAUCGGUACCUACGAUUUCAUGAAACCGAUAUUCAUGUUGCGCGAUCCGGACGUGAUUAAGAAGAUCACCGUGAAAGAUUUUGACUUCUUUCCAGACCAUACGCCAAUGGUGACCAACGACGCAGCAGAAGAUGAGGUCGGCGGUGAUAGUCUUAUCGGUAACUCGCUGGUUGUGUUACGCGGUCAAAAGUGGAGAGACAUGCGAUCAACGCUGAGUCCAGCGUUCACCGGUAGUAAAAUGCGACAUAUGUUCGGGCUAGUGGCAGAGUGUGCCCAAUCAUUGGCAGAUUUCUUCAACUCAGAAACAAAAGCAGGAAAAAUUCUAGAGUAUGAGAUGAAGGAUACGUUCUCCCGCUUUGGGAAUGAUGUGAUUGCAACGGUUGCCUUCGGUAUUGAGGUGAACUCGUUGAAGGAUCCAGAGAAUGAUUUCUAUGUAAAAGUUAAGCAGAUGUUGAAUUUUCAAUCGAUUUGGGUGAUACUUAAGGUUUUUCUGGUGAGAUGUGCACCGAAGUUGUCCCAAAGACUUGGAAUCGAUUUUGCGAACAAAAAUUCAACGAAUUACUUCAAGAAAAUGAUUCUUAAUAAUAUGCAUCAGAGAGAAGUACAUGGGAUUGUACGCAAUGACAUGAUUCAUAUGUUGAUGGAAGUUCGUAAGGGUUCAUUGAAGCAUCUCAAGGAUGAGCAGGAUCAGAAAGAUGCGGGGUUCGCCACAGUACAGGAAUCGAAUGUGGGGAAAACAACUCACGCUCGAGUGUGGACUGAAAAUGAACUGAUCGCACAGUGUUUCAUUUUUUUCUUGGCAGGUUUCGAUACUGUUUCGACCGCUAUGACAUUUCUAACCUAUGAACUAAUAACCAAUCCGGAAGUUCAGAAUCGUCUGUAUAAGGAAAUAGUUGAAACUAAUGAAUCUCUCAAAACAGCUCCUCUGUCUUACGAAGUUCUCCAGAAAAUGGAAUAUAUGGACAUGGUCGUUUCGGAGGCUCUUCGCAAAUGGCCACCAGCUAUUAUGUUCGAUCGAUACUGCACUAAAGACUAUGUGUAUGAAGACGGCUCUGGAACUCGCUUUGUUAUCGAGAAAAAUCAAACAGUAUGGAUUCCUACGUUCGCUAUUCAUCACGAUCCAAAGUACUAUCCAGAUCCGGAGAAAUUCGAUCCGGAACGAUUUAACGAGACAAACCGAACAAAGAUUAAUAGCGCCACCUAUCUGCCGUUUGGAAUAGGCCCAAGGAACUGCAUCGGCUCACGAUUAGCACUGAUGGAGGUCAAACUGAUUCUGUACUACCUGUUGAAGGACUUCAGUCUGGAGCCAACUGAGAAAACGCAGAUUCCUUUGCAACUAACGAAAAAUAUGUUCCUGUUUCAAGCGGAGAAAGGUGUGUGGGCGGAGUUCAAACCGAGAAACAAAUAAUUGGCGCAUUUGAAACUGGCUAAAUUUUCAGCUAAAUCAGACAAACAUGGAGAAAGAAAACAACAAGCCCUAAAUUUCUUAAAACGGCAUUAAAAUACAGUGUGCUUUUUUUUCUUAAUAAACACGUUUAUUUCAUUAGGCUACAUAAUAUAAUAAUAAUAAAAAUUUGUUUUCUAAUAUUAAAUCAUCA